AAAAGGGCACGUCAACCUUGUGUGAUAUUCCGUUUCAAAACAAUGAGAUUAAAUUGACUAUUGCUGAACAAGAGUUUGUAAAAUCGUUAGGUUUUGAUACGUCCUGCUUUUGGGCCCCGCAUAUUACAGUGGUGUCAUCAAGCAAGCAACAGGAUGGUUCUUUGUCCACUGAGCCGACAACUUCUGAAAAGCAGCAGUAGCUGUGGAGCCUGGGGCAGGUUGCUGCAGAGACCGAGCAGUGGCUGUGUUUACUCCAGUAUCCAUGGCUUCAACCAGAAGGAGGUCAAAGAGAAGCUGCAGGCCUUUCCUGGAGGCUCCAUUGAUCUACUCAAACAGGACUCUGGCAUCGCUAUUCUGACCAUUAACAACCCCUCCCGCAUGAAUGCCUUCUCUGGCAGUAUGAUGGUGGAUCUGGAGGACAAGGUGAGCCAGCUAGAGAAGUGGACAGAUGGCAAAGGCCUUAUUGUCCAGGGUGCUGCUGAAACUUUCUGCUCUGGAUCAGACCUCAGUGCUGUCAGAGCAAUAUCUGACCCACAGGAUGGGAUGAAGAUGUGUAUGUUCAUGCAGAAUGCUCUUACAAGGCUACUCAGACUGCCUCUGAUUUCUGUUGCCCUGGUGGAGGGGAGAGCGCUGGGAGGAGGUGCAGAACUUACCACUGCCUGCGAUUUUAGAUUAAUGGCACAUGCCAGCGUAAUCCAGUUUGUCCAUAAACACAUGGGCCUGGUUCCAGGCUGGGGUGGUGCCGCACGACUUGUCAACAUUGUUGGAAGCCAAAAUGCACUGAAACUUCUUGGUGGUGCUCUCAAAGUGGACCCUGAGUUUGGUUUGCAGAUUGGAUUGGCAGAUGGAGUUCUGGAGGGCUCACAGGUAGAGAAACAUGCAGAGACUCUCCUACAGCAGGCUACAAACUGGCUUAGUCUCUAUACAAAAGGACCUGCCCCUGUGAUCCAGGCUGUGAAGAAGGUGGUGGUGUCAGGAAGAGAGCUCCCUCUGUCUGAAACUCUGAGGACUGAGAAGGAUGUAUUUGGGACAGUGUGGGGUGGUCCAGCUAACCUGCAGGCCUUGGCCAGCAAGUCCAUACACAAAUGAUCUGGCUGAAGUGUCUCACUCCAACAGUCUACUUUUAUAGUGUCACAGAUCAGCAAGAGAAAUUUUAGCAAAGCCCUGCCCCAGUGGUCAGAAUUGUUUGCAAGAUGUCAUAGAGAGCUGCUACACUACCUUUGAGGAAACAUUGAUCCUUAAUUGACAUUACUGGGGGGGGGGUUGUAAUUAAAAUUUGAUCUAAAAUGUAGACUGAUGAAGGCUUUCUUCUUUGUUUGCCAAUGAAAAAAGGUGAUACACUGAUGUGAGAUUAAUAAUUAUCACAUACUGAAGUCCCUGUGAUGUCUUUUGCUUGGUGUCUUGAUGUGACAUUAUGCCUGUUCAUCAUCCAAGACAAGAAGCUGAGGCAUGUGCGCAAGGCACUGAUGCUGAAAAUGUGCCUUUUCUGGGUCAUAUUCUGCAAAAUAUAAAAUAUGAGGUCAUGAAAGUAGUGUUUUGGAAAUGAAAUUCAAAUUAACACCAUGAAAUUGCAGUAUCUUGCUUACAGGGUUUUUUUUUUCUUAAAUA